UUCGAUCAAAAGAAGCUUGACGAAAUUUCACCUUUAGAGUAUCAAGUGAUACAAGGCGAACAACUACAACGAAGCGCCAUAGCUCAAAUGGACUUUACUCCUGAGCACAGAGGCACUGUAUUAUAAUCGUUCAUUGACCUGGGGCUUCACGAAGCGUCAUAGUGAAUACCUUUUAAAAGUGGAUGCGAACGACGCGCAUGUUGCUUAGCAAUCGAACGACCUAGCUCGUUCUAAGUGUCUUCCCGCCAUCCUGUGAUACGAAAUCUCUGCGAGGGCGUUUCUUGCCAAUCUUUCAACAGAUCAUUACAAAAGUGACAAUAUGGCUGAAGUCGAGAACCAGCAACAGAUUGCUCACCCCGACGUUUUGGGAAAUGCUUCACGAACGCCUGUAGUUUUUACCUCCCCGUUACUGUAUCAGGUAGAAAUGCGUGUUAAUGCGUUAAAGAAACUUCAAGUUGAUUAUUUCAAGGUACAAGCAGAGUUUCACAAGGAGGUUGCUGAGCUCGAGCACAAGUACUUCACAAAAUAUAAUGUAUUAACCGAAAAACGGCGUGACAUUGUGAACGGUAUGUGCGAGCCUACCGAGGCUGAAUGUGGCCUCAACGAUGCUGUCGAAAAGACUUCGGCCGAACAGAAUAAAAAGUCUUCCAAUGAUGCUUCCGUCGUUGGCAUCCCUUCGUUCUGGCUAACGUGCAUGAAGAACGUGGCUGACGACAUUCCUGACUUCGUAACGGAGGAGGAUGAGCCCAUUCUCGAGCACCUCACAGAUAUAGUAGUCGAGGAUAACGUUGAGUCGUUUAAGUUACAUUUUCAUUUUAGUUCCAAUGAGUACUUUAACAACCCUGUCUUGACAAAAGAGUUUAAACUAAAGAUUGAGCCAAACGAGGAAGACCCACUUAAUUUUGAGGGUCCGGAACUCGUUGCUAUGAGAGGCACGAGGAUUGACUGGAAGUCGCAUGAGAAGGAUGUUACGAAAAAGCAAAUGACGAACACGCAAAAGAACAAAAGGACUGGAGAAACUCGCACGGUGUCGAAGACUGUCCGAACGGAGUCGUUUUUCAAUUUCUUCUGCAACCCAGAAUGGGUCGAGGACAGCGAGAACAUGAGCCAUGAGCUGGAGGCUGCUUUCCAAGCGGACGUGAGUCUGGGAUCGUUUUUCCGCGAGCGCUUGGUGCCGCGGGCCGUCUUGUACUUCACAGGAGAAGUUACGGACGAUGAGAACGACGACGACGACGACGACGACGACGACGACGAUGAUGAUGACUAUGAGGAUGAUCUCAACGACUUCGAGGAGGCCGACUCAGACGCAGGGUGUGAUUCUGCGGCCGGUUGUAAGCCUAUCCAGCAGUUUCUAAAUCAGGCAAAUCAGGGUAACGAGGAGUGCCGACAGCAGUAGCUCGGCCAUGGGCAGCGGAGUGUACAGGGAACGUACAGGCUUCAGCGGACGAUAUUUGAUAAUUUCUGCUAGCAAAGUUGUGAGACAGGCUGAAUAAAGGAGAAAAAGGGCGGCAAAUGGAUAUAUUUCGGAGACGCUUUAUUUUGAUCAAGGACGGCAAGUGUGAUCCUAUUGCGAAAGUAUUUCACGUCAACGUUAGGAGAAGGCAUAAAGAGCGCGAACGAAGUAUUAAAGAAAGGCUGUGUAAGGUCUAUAGUUGGUCAGCUUGUCGCAAGUAUGUUAAGGAUCUUUAUUAAGGACAAGGAAUGUCCCCGCUGACCACGGCCUAUCAGAUUUUUAUCACUCAAGAACUAAGAAUAAGAAUGGUGUAGUAAUAGUGAGACCAAAGAUAUCAUGGGGUAUUGUCAGGCUACAUCAAAGAUAUCAUGGGGUAUUGUCAGGCUACAUACAGUUCUAAAUUUCUCACUAAUCUAAGCUGUACGUUUCAUCAUACCUGAAUCGUUGGCUGAAUCGUAGUUUAGAUGAAACAAAUAUUGUUCCCCAUAUUUUUGUUGGGAUAAAAAGCUGUUACUAGCCGUAAGUCUACGUUAGCCUUCAUUCCUUCGGGUUAGCAUUGUGAACGAUUCCGGGUGAGUUUUAGUUAGUACUGGAAAAGAAAAUGAAGCUAUAAUUGAUAUCGUUAUGUUGUAAUUAAGUGAAACAGUAUCUCGAUCGUUCUUAAAAUAUAAUCAUAUGGAAAUUAAGACUAAAUAAUAUUAAUAGCAUAUCGGUUUAA